AUGCGAGUCCGCCCGUCUGCCUCGUCGUUCCUUCUGUGUCUGGUUUUUGCCUUUUCGCUCUUUCCCCGCACGACGGAGGCGGACUGCUGGCUUAUCGAAGGGGACAAAGGCUACGUGUGGCUGGCCAUCUGCAGUCAGAACCAGCCGCCCUUCGAGACCAUCCCUCAGCACAUCAACAACACGGUGCACGAUCUCAGGUUGAACGAGAACAAGCUGAAGGCGGUGCUGUUCAGCUCCAUGUACCGCUUCACUAAUCUGACCGACCUCAACCUCACCAAGAACGACAUUAGCUACAUUGAAGACGGGGCCUUUGCGGGGCAAGCCAAUUUGCAGGUUCUCCAGCUGGGAUACAACAAACUGACGAACCUCACUGAGGGCAUGCUCCGGGGCCUGGGUCGCAUGAACAGUCUCUUCCUCCAACACAACCUCAUCGAAGUCAUUGCCAACAACGCCUUCUGGGAGUGUCCCAGCCUCAGCAGCAUCGACCUCUCAUCCAACAAGCUCGCCCGAAUUGACCCCACCACAUUUGCAGUCCUUAGUCGGCUUAUGGUCUGCGAACUUGCUGCCAAUCCAUUCCACUGUGGCUGCGAUUUGUACAGUUUCCUAUUCUGGCUGGAGUCUUUCAACAACGUCACUCACACCUAUGAUCGUCUGCAGUGUGAGACUCCACGAGAGAUGUUCGGGUACCCCUUACUGAGCCCAAUCGCGGCUGGACCAGCGAGCCGCAAUGCCAAGAACAUUCUGUCAUCGCGCUGUCGAGAUGGCGUGAUGAUACCCGGGUACACUUCCCUACCGCCUGACUUGGAUUUCGUUUCAGGGAUUGGACCGGAUAUGCUUGGAGGAAUCGGGCCUUACUACCAACCCACCACUUCGUCCUCAUCGGCAGAUCGGAAUUUCACCCCCACUAUCAAGCUUCGUAACGUGUCUUUGAUAUCAGCAUCUCUCUUGGUGGAAAUUCCCCGCCCCUUCAGCAAAAUGUACAUUCUAACUCAGUACAACUACACGUAUGUUUCAGACGUUAUGAAUCUAAAGAACACCAAGGAGGUUAUCACACUCAACAAACUCAAAGCACACACCAACUACACUUUCUGCGUGGCGUCAAUACGUAACUCGCAACGAUACAACCACACGUGCAUUUCGUUCGCCACACGAGCUCAAAAUCCAGGCGAAAUGCCACCUUCACCUUCUACCACCACACACUACAUAAUGACCAUUGUGGGAUGCCUCUUUGGUAUGCUAAUCUUUCUCGGGUUUGUCUACUACUGCUUGCGUAAGAAGCGUGUGCAUGAUGAGAAAAAGAAAUCCAUCUGUGUGAAGAAAACGAUCCUGGAGAUGCGGUACGGGCCUGAGGUGGCUGCAGCAGUGGCCAACGAUCCUUCGGCCGUACACAAGCUUCAGGAGCAGUCGAGGGACCAUCACCAGUAUCAGCAUCAUCAUGGAAGUAAGCUGCCCAUGUCCACAUCGUCCAGCACAGGCAUGCUCCACUCAGCCAACACCACCUCUUCCAGACUCUCCUGCAUUCCACAAGUCGAAAAGAUGGCCACUGCGUUCUCAGAGGCACUGGCGACGAACAAAGGGAACUACAUGGACAUUCGUACGGGAGUGGCCAUGGAAAGGAUGGGUGAUGUCGGCCAUGGAGGUCUGCGGGCAGAGGACUUAAGGGACGAUGAUGGGACAGAUAUGGGGGACGAUUCUGAUGACGAUGGCCGUGGGUCUGCCUCAGAGAUCUCCACCAUUGCCAUGGAGGUGGAUAAGGUUAAUCAGAUCAUCAAUAACUGUAUAGACGCCCUAAAGCUGGACGCAGCAGCAGUCGCUGCUUCAGGGGUCUCCAACAGUACUCCAUCAUCCAACCCCACGUCCCCUCCCCCAAAUAGUAACUCUUCACUCACUCGUGGUCUCAUCCCACGCUCCCCGGGGAUGACGGAGACGUGCUCUGGCAGCGCUCCUAUGAAAGCCCCCACUCCCACUCCCAUGCCCCCUUUGAAUGUGCCACUAUCAGAGCGGCCAGGGAUCACUGGUGGAGGGUUUGUAGUUUCUCCCCCCUAUCGCCCACCUCCACCAGCCACCGCUGUGCGCCCUGUCCAACGACAGAUGAGUGCAGACGCGGCCAGUGUUGGUGUAAACGCGGUGAAGAAACAGUGCAGCACCACUUCUUGUGGUUCGAUGGGGCGAGACCGAGACCGUGGUAACGCUCGAGUCUACAGCCUGGAUGUUUCAGAGCCGCGGAGUCCAGAUGGGUGCAACCAAGUAAAGCAGCAGUAUCCUGACCGGGCCAGCCCUGUGGGGUGUGGAGAGCCGCUGGAGAGGCUCCCGUUAGUGGGCAGUGGGAAUUGCGGAGGAGGGAGUGGUGGUGGUGGCUGCGACAGUGGUGGUGUUGGUGCUCAGCAUCAGGAGAACCAGAGGCCCCACCAUUACCAUCAGCAGGCCCAACAACAGCCUCAGCAGCAGCAACAGCAGCAGCAGCAGCAGCAGCAGCUGGAUGUGCAACAGGACUACCACUGCUCGGAGCACCGCCACUCUGUCCCAGCUCUAUAUUAUGAAGGCUCCCACCAGGGCUCCCCGGCCCAGAAGGUGUCCUUUCUGAAGCCCUUGACCCGCUCCCGGCGAGAUGCAGCCUCCUACUCCCAGCUGUCCCCUGUGCGACAUCAUUCCAGUUACUCCGGGUAUUCCUCCAGCCCCGAGUACUCAGAGAGCACACUGCGGAUCUGGGAGCGAUUUCGGCCAUACCGGAAAGGGCAGCGCGAUGAGGCUUGUUAUGUUACAGCUGGGAAUGCUCUACGCAAAAAGGUGCAAUUUGCAAAAGGAGAGGACCUCCAUGACAUUCUUGAUUAUUGGAAGGGCGUGUCAGCGCAGCAGAAGUUGUGA